CAGAAGCCGAAGGAUGACACAGUCGUGCAGCAUGGAAAGCAAAGGGCUGGUGGCUGAGCUGCAGAGAGCAGCUAUCUGCCCGGCCUGCAGGGGUCACUUUAAGGACCCAGUGAUCCUCGACUGUGACCACAGCUAUUGCCGGGCUUGUAUCACUCGCUACUGGGAUGUGGAGGCCACAAAGGAGAAUGGCCCUCGGGUGGUAUCUUGCCCCCAGUGCAAGAAAGUCUUUGAGAGGAGGAACCUCCGCACCAACGUCAAGCUGGCAGUAGAAGUCAAGAUCACCCAACACCUCAACGCCAAGACAGCCCAGGUACCCCUUGCCCCAAAGUCCAAGCGCCGCCGUGGAGGGUGGAGGCCCACAACCAGCAUCCCAAAAGAAAAGGAAAGCUUCCGAGAAUUCUGCAGCUGUUAUGGUGACAUGGCAAAACCGUCCUGCCCGAAGACUGAUGGCUGGAAAGAAGCAAGGCCAGAAUAGUGAAUGCAAUACAGAAAGAACAAACAAAGCUGCUUUAAAACAGCUAAUGUUUGGAUACCUUCACCACCCAUUUUCACCUGAAUAGUCAACCAAGAGCUCUUCCAAGUGACUGUUUUCCAAAACCCACUGCAUGGAAGGGAUGGAGAAGUUAAUAUGGCUGCCAGUCCUGAAUUCUGGAUACAUUGAGAAAAAUGUCCUUUGUUGAUGCCUGGAAACAUCUGGACUUCACUUCUUCAUAUCCACUUCAACAGAACCUUAACAGUAGAACCAAAUUUCAGGAUUGAAGUUGCCUCUAGUUCCACCCAUAACUGAGCAGAUCAGAUUUUUGGAUGGAAAUGCCUUUGCUUCAAGGCCAAGACUUCGAAGCUCUAAUCAGCACUCUGGAAAAACCCAUGUCUGCCUCCUCCAAAUGUCACUAGAUAUGGGCGACAUGACAGAAGGAAGCUUGUGGGGUUUCGUCUUUUAGGUUGCUGCUGAAUCUAGAUCGAAAAUUAAUCUGGAAAGGGGGAAUUGAUGUCAGGCAAGGAUAGGAAACCAGGGCACUGGAGCUGUAAUCCUCCAAAAGGUAUAUGAUGCAAUUUCACCAAACCUGUGUGGCAACCAAUAUAUCCCUGCCACAGCUACCAGGAGCAGUCCCCGUCAGCAAAAAGCUGUAACGUGUGUAAUUUUCCUGUAAACUAACAGAAUAUUGUGGGCAAUGUAUCUUUAAUCUUCAAGUCCAGGGCAGGAGGAAGCUCCAUGUUAAAGUCACCUGUGUCAGAGUUGAAGGGAGAUAGUGGGCUUUGGCUUGUCUGAGCUUCUUGAGUUAGUUGUCUACCAUUUCACUCCUGGAAUUCAUUUCACUGGUCACUUUCCCUCAUCUUCUUUCCUGAUGGAAACUGUUUCCACCUUUUGCAUUCAUAGAAUCAAAAGGGGCUGGAAGGGGCCCUGGAAGUUUACUAAUCCUACUCAAGUGCAGGAGACCUUGUCCUAUCCCAGCCAAGUGGCUGUCCAAUUUUUUCUUGAAAACCUCCAGCAAUUGAGCACCCACAACUCCAGGAGGCAAGCUGUUCUUUUACUUUGAUACCAACGCCACCACAGUGUGGAUUAGUGUGGUAACCUGGUCUGUUUGUUGCUUAGGAGAAAAGUGCAGAUCAGGCUUCAAUGGCUCGUUCAACAGACAAGAACAAAUACCAGCUGAAUAUUAUUCACAAACCCAUUCUAUGCCGAUCUUCGAGGGGCAGCAAAAAUGAUAGCAUUUUUGGCAUGAAAUCACAUUCGCUGAAGAUCACUGUACGAUCAUUCCUCAAACCAUCAAGAGGUGGAAACAUUAGGACUUGGGGGAAAGAAACAUCACUGAUGUCAACCAGUUUCUAUAAAGUUGAGCCAGAGUCUGCCAAAAGUGGUGGCACGGUGGUUAGAAUGGAGUAUUGCAGGCUAACUCUGCAUUCCCACAGCCAGGAGGUCGAUUCUGACUGGCUCAAGGUUGACUCAGCCUUCCAUCCUUCUGAGGUCAAUAAAACGAGGGCCCGGAUUGUUGGGGGCAAUAGGCUGACUCUGUAAACCGCUUAGAGAGGGCUGGAAACCCUAACCCUAAGUGCUAUUGCUAUUGUUAUCUGAAGUGUUCUACCUUUGUUUGCCUUUUUAAAUUUUAAAAUGAAUUAAUGCAUUUUUUGGUUCCUCUAUUGAAUAAUACCAAAAUGCAUGAAUAAGAGGACUGCACCACUAUCAUAUAGUUAAUAUUGGAUUUUUAUUUUAUCUAUAACAGAAUGAUUUUUAAUUUGUGCUUGACUGUAAAUGUAUGCGGGUUUUUCAUGGCACUGGACUGAAUGUAAAACCAAGAGCAAAUCAAAAGCCUGACCGCUAUGGCAUCUUCUUGCAGAUGUUGGGUUGGGAUUUUCAAUAAUAACCAUUGAAAGUGUAACUCUGGAGUUGAUCCUUGUACAGCAUUUAAAUGAUUUUCCCCCCCACUCCCAGAUAUCAACAGUGCAGGAUAUACAAUCCUUGAUGUAAGCCCUCAAGAGGCUCUAGGCUGUGCACUGUAAAAAUGUGGACAAUCAAUCACUCUGCAAUACAGGAGGUCAGAUAUCCAAAACACUGAUUACAAAUGCUACCAUCUUUGGGGUGCUCCGGCUUUUCUAAUAGCGACACAAUACGGGCAGUCCUUGAACUUGCAACCGUUUGUUUAGUGAAAAAAGUGACUGGCAAUCAGUCCUUGCACCUACAUUGCAGCAUCGCCACAGUCACAUGAUCAACGUUUUGGCAUUUGGCCAGCACUUUAGGAUGUUUGCGGGUGUCCUGGGAUCACAUGGUUGCCAUCUGUGAUUUUCCUAGCUUGCUUCCAACAAGCAAAGUCAAUGGGGGAAGCCCGGUUUCCUUAACAGCUGGGCGAUUUGCUUAA